AUGCAUUUUAAUCAAGCGCAAAGGCAGGCGCACCGUUUAGGCUCGACACUACGUAUCAUCUUUUAUGUCAUAAUAACGCCAAUCAUUUUUGGAUUUCUUUUACUCACCUUUGCAUGCAUGUAUUAUUACAUUCACCUUACCAUUAUUAACCCUGCAGGCAACCUCAAUUCGAACUUUGAAGGUGACUACACGACGAAGACGUUCUCUCUUUUUGAUGGUUCAGAAGCGGUGGUGCACUACCACAACGUGGACCCGCAUACCGAGUACACCUUACUCGAGCCUGGCGAUUUGAUCGUUGGGGAAGCUCUGCGGAACCCCGCCUUGGAGAGCCUGGAAGAUUGUUUUUUGGAGGAAAGCGAGCUCGCUCAACGCCUCUUUCCACGCGUUCGGCGCUAUUUUCUUCAAAACACGGUGAAAGACCGACGUUAUGAACUGCACAUCAGCUAUCCCGGUUCCCCUCCUGUUGGGUUCCAUAUAUUGCUAUACCACGUACGCUCUUCGUCGAUUUCGUUGAGAAAUAUGGUCAAUGAGAAAUCCAAAAAGGAGACCUUUUCAAGGUAUCCCAUCUCAUCGAGUUCUUCCCAUAGGCUGUUGGAUACUGAGGUGCGGAUUAUCACCAUGGAUCGUGAGCGAUCGAAUCGGUACAGCCCUCACCAAACCAUUCACUAUAACAUUGAUGAUUUAAAGAACAUGAAAGAUAAUAAUAACAUUGCGGGAAUUCUCAAUAAGGUAUCACCUGGAAGGCUAGAGGAGGACCCUUUUGUCGCGGUAGUGGAAAUACAGCCGUAUGUGUUGGCCCUUUCCUCUCAAAGUCCUUGCCUCUUUCCAGAGAUAAUGUAUAACAUUCAGCUUGAAUGCCUCACAGGAAACUUGCUGCCGAUAACAAUUAUACCAAUUGUCGUUGGUAUCACUGUAAUUAUGAUAAUAACUAGCGUUAUCCUUUGGUUUGUAUAUCAAAAAAAGUUUCUCAUAUCACCCGAGAUCGAAGAGUUUGUACACGAAGUUAAGGUUGAUUAA